AGAGUUUGACAGACCGUUUCCAUCAUACUCAGGUUGAAAACACACUCGCUGGAUUAACCCCCGGAUGGAAAUAAUUAUUCUGCUUUCUGUCAGUACAAUUUGGACUAACAAUUUCAUUUUACCGCAAGUUUUGUGCUGCUGGAAUGCUGCUUUGGGACAUUGAGCCACAUUUUUUUAUGGCCAAAGGUGUUGAAACAUUUAAAACAAACGACAAGAGAGUUAUCCUUUUGGAAGAAACUUGAUCGUGAAUCAGUGGUCCGCUGAGGUAGGGAAACACAAGUAGCUCUGUAAAAGAGAGUAAAGUUAUCUUGCUGCUGUCAGAAGCACAGAAAAAUGGUUGGAAUAAAACCUACCGAUCUUCCACCAACUGCCACUGUCAAGUUUUUUGGAGCCGGUACGGCAGCAUGUUUUGCUGACCUGAUCACUUUCCCUCUGGACACAGCAAAAGUUAGACUUCAGAUCCAGGGAGAGUCUAUAGCUACAUCAGGAUCAGCCGUGGUGAAAUAUCGUGGAGUAUUUGGCACCAUCACCACUAUGGUGCGUACAGAGGGCGCAAGAAGUCUGUACAAUGGCCUGGUGGCAGGACUGCAACGUCAGAUGAGCUUCGCAUCUGUUCGUAUCGGUCUUUAUGACUCAAUGAAGCAAUUCUACUCCAGAGGAUCUGAGAAUGCGAGCAUUGUGACUCGCCUGCUGGCUGGCUGCACCACCGGGGCCAUGGCUGUCACUUUUGCACAGCCCACAGAUGUCGUAAAAGUGCGAUUCCAGGCUCAAGUGCGUCAGUCUGAUGGAUUAAAAAGAUACAACGGCACAAUGGAUGCAUAUCGGACUAUCGCCCGCGAUGAGGGUAUUCGAGGGCUAUGGAAAGGCUGCAUGCCAAACAUCACAAGGAACAUGAUCGUUAACUGUGCAGAGCUGGUUACUUACGACAUCAUCAAGGAACUCAUAUUACAAUACGACCUCAUGACAGAUAACCUACCGUGCCACUUUACUGCUGCAUUCGGCGCUGGCUUCUGCACAACGAUUGUGGCGUCUCCAGUAGAUGUGGUAAAGACCCGCUUCAUGAACUCAUCUACAGGCCAGUACCGCAGUGCACUUAACUGUGCCCUCACUAUGCUAACCAAAGAGGGACCAAAAGCUUUCUAUAAGGGCUUCGUGCCAUCCUUCCUGCGCCUGGGAUCCUGGAACAUUGUGAUGUUCGUCUCCUACGAGCAAAUCAAGAGAUGUAUGACUAAAAUGCAGCACUCAUGGGAGUCACCUUUCUGAAUGGACAUUGUCAGAAUCUUCUGAUUUUGAUUGAACAAAAGCAGAGAACAGAGGGAUUCACGGUUAAGUCUUAUCACUGAAAAAAAAAAUGCUGCAACUUUUUAAGGCCAAAGGUCAAGCUCAUCAAAAAUGAAAGAUGAGUCACCAAAAAUCAUGAGAUGCAUGGCUGAUAAAGCAAAAUGUGCAUAAUUUGUCUUAGU